UGAACAGAUUGGAACUGACCUUUACAUUUUUCAUGGGAAAACAUUAUUCUCUCAAAUAAAAAACGUGUAUCGAGUAUAUCAGCGUGUACAUCAGUGUAUAUACUACUUACUACGUUGUUGCAUAAAGAAAAAAAGAGAUAACUAGUUAAAAAUAUUUAUCUCAGAGCCAAAUAGCUUUUAUAAUAUUAAUUAGUACCUGUUAAAAGACAUUGUUUAUAAUAUUUUAUUAACAUUGCUCAUAUAUCUAUAUAAAUAUAUAUUUAUAAAUUAAUCAACAUGUCUGAAAAAUACGACACUGUUAAAGUAAGUGAUGAAAGUGGAGACGAAGACUCAAACAACCAAGCUCAGAAAAUUAGACUGCCUCCCAUAGAAAUAGGUCCAAAUGAAAACCGUUUACAGUAUGGUUAUACAUUAUGGUAUAGUAGGAGAUCAGUUGGCAAACAAAGUGAUAGACGUUAUGCUGAAAAUUUAAAAUUUAUUGGACGAUUCGGCAGCGUUGAACAAUUUUGGGCACUCUACAGUCAUUUAGCAAGACCUUCGGAACUUACACCAUCAUCAGAUUUUCAUCUGUUUAAAAAUGGAAUCAAACCUAUGUGGGAAGAUUUAGCUAAUAGACAGGGUGGAAAGUGGGCAGUUACGUUGAGAAAAGGUUCAGUAGAUCGUUGCUGGGAGAAUCUUAUUCUAGCUAUGUUAGGAGAGCAAUUUAUGGUCGGCGAAGAAAUUUGUGGGGCUGUUGUAUCUGUAAGAUUCCAGGAAGAUAAAGUGUGUGUAUGGAAUAAAACAUCGUCCGAUACAGCAACGACUGGCCGAAUCAAAGAAACUCUACGACGUGUACUACAGUUACCUUCCGAUACUUUAAUGGAUUAUAAACCACAUAAUGAAAGACUUAAACACGCAAUUAUUAAAAGCCAAAGUGAAGGAGCAGUUAAGCUUUAAACGCGUAUCAAAGUGACUGAGAAUAAAACA